CCAUUCGACAAGAAGCACCUGUAAACAAAACGUGCUGUGGAGGGUUGAGGCUUUCUGAGUGAUUAAGGUUGAGGUUGAGAAGGUUCGCCAAGUCGCGAAAGAAAAAAGAUCCAGGCACAAAAGACGCCAGGGUAUCCAUGCCAUUCCAGCGAAACGGCAACCACCCUCGGCUCUUCCAACAAACAACAACAGUGUGACCAUCGAUCGAGGCAAGUACAGUACUGCUGUUCCGAUCUUUCUUGCACUACAAUAAGCAUCAAAAGAGCAACCAUGAACGAUCGAUUGGGAGACCUCGGCGCAUUUGCAGGCGACGAUGACGACGAUAAUGACAUGUUCGAGGACGAACCAGAGGGAGGAGAUGUCGAAAUGCAAAAACAAGUCCAACAACCCAACUACAUGGACCACUUUUUCACCGAAGUCGAUAAAAUCAAGGAUGAUAUCGACCAUGUCAAGAAAGCCACUACCAAGAUUGGUGAUAUCAAUGAAGAGGCACUUCAGGCAACUACCACAGAAAAGGAAAACGAACUGAGUAGCAAGCUCAAGCCGCUGAUUGACGCCACCAAUAACCGCGCCAAGCGUACCAAAAACAUGUUGGGCCUUUUGAAAGAAGACACCCAAAAACUGGAAGCCGAGGGGAAAAUCAACGCGAGUGAUUUGCGUGUCCGAGACAAUCUCUGCAACACACUCACGAGAAAGUUUAUUGAUGAGAUGAAACACUACCAGAAUGCGCAGCAAAAGUACAAGACAGAUAUCAAGAAGAAGGUGGCGCGACAGGUCAAGACGGUCAAACCGGAUGCCACCGAUGAAGAUAUUGAUGCCGUCAUGAGAAGCGAGGGAGGUCGUGAUGCACUCUACCGUGAACAAAUUCUCGCGGGUGGUGUCAAUGAUCAAAUCAAAACAACAUACGCCAAGGUCGCCGGGAAAUAUCAAGAUGUCCUUACGUUGGAAUCGAGUGUGGCAGAACUGCAUCAAAUGUUUUUGGAUUUUGCAUUGCUCACAGAACAACAGGGAGAACUUUUGGAUCAAAUUGAAUUCCAAGUCAAACAGGCGGGGGAUUACAUAGAAGACGCCAAUGUCGAUGUAUACGAAUCCAUCCAAUAUCAAAGCAGCAUUCGGAAAAAGCAAUGCUACAUCAUGGCCAUUGUGAUUGUCUGUGUCGUUGUGCUGCUCUUUGCCACUGGCAUCAUCCCGUAACCCUCCUUCCUUCUUCAGAAGCAACCAAAACUUUCAAUAGACCUCCUAACCUUGAAAACAUAUAUCCAUGCCAAGCGACUCUUUCUAUUGGAAGUUGCUCUUCCUGCGUGGAUGCCAAGCUGUCACGUCGGGAGCACUGUGGCAGUGACUGUUUUUUCGGGGCCGUUUCCGAGAGGUAGUCAAAAUACAAUACGCUGGCUUUUGGUUAUUGCUACUAUUGCCAAAACAACCCAAGUGUAGAUCUACUGAGCAUGCUCCUUCCUAACAGAACGUACCAUCACAUUGCUAGGCUCUGCAAUACUGCUUCGUUGUCUCCGUAGUCAAGCCCGAUA